UCCUUGUUUGCUCUCCUCCUCUGAAUUCUGUGGUGACACACCCAUCUGAGGCACAGUCGUAACCAUUUUAUUCUGAUUCAGUUAAGGGAGGAUUAGUUAGAAAUCUAGUCUCUUCAGUAUUUGUCAAUGACAACUCAUCAGUUUCAGAUAUAUUACUAUACCUUUUGCCUUUUCGCUUCAUGUAGUAAAAAGAAGAUAUUGACAAAGACAUGGAAGGUGACUUGUUGCUGAUUGGCUCUUGUGGUAGAAAGAGGGCCAAUCCUUUCUACUCCAGCCACCUAUUCAUAUAGAGCUAAGCCCACCAUUAUUCAAAUUUGAUGCUACUGGAUACCACCUGAUCAGUAUUACAGGUUGUUGCUGUUUAAAUGCAAUGAAUGAAAAAGUCUAAAGGUAUGGUUUGGAAGAAGCCAUAUGGAUAUGGAUCAGAGGACUGGAUUAUUGGCUCAUAUUUCAAUUCAUUUGCAAAAUAUAUUGUCCAGUUCUGAGAAUUAACUAGAUCUGGAUGGCUGUCAGGGAUUUCUCACCACAAUGGAGAGACUAGUGAAGCCGAUCUUUGUGGUUGGUGUCGCUAUGAUCAGUUUUGUUGGAAUAUGGAGGAAGGCUGUUUAUAUUAAAGGAACUGUCAGCCCUGAAAUUGUCCAAGUUGGACAAGAUGUGAUAUUGCGCUGCCAAGUAGGAGGCUGCACAUCCUCCAGGCAACAAGUCCACUUAUAUAAGUGGGAAGGCUCCAAAAAUCAAACCUUGUAUAUCCACAAUAGCACAGAGCAGCAGUACAGCGUUCAAGAAAGUGUUCAAGAGAGCAACACUCACAAAGGAUACUAUGAGAAUGGAUUCCUUGAAGUGACUCUCCUCCAGGUGCAGCUAGCAAACGGUGGGCAGUAUGUGUGCUCCAUGAUGUGUGAUGAUGUCUAUAAAGAAGAUAUUGUGGAGGUGACAGUAGAAGGUUUAAUUAGUGUUGCUGUUGGGGAUGUUGCCAUUCUUCCAUGCCAGAUGAUUGAGACCUAUUAUCCCUCUCAUCUGGAACUGCAGUGGAGAAGAAGCAGCCCUGGGAAGAGCAGGACCAUCUAUUCUUACCAGCUUUAUUGGGAUACCUGCCCAUCGGUUUGUUAUGGAGACAAAUUUAAUGCUAGGUGCCCUUAUUCAAAUGGACCCAAGAGCCAAGUAUGGCUUAGGAAGAAGUACAAACUAAACACAGAGGUGUUGAAACACAAUAAUCUUGGGGUUGGAAAUAUUUCCCUGAAACUAAAUAACAUUCAGAAAGAAGAUGCAGGGAGAUACGAAUGUUCAGUGAACUCUAACUUGCAGCGCAAAGUGGUAAUCUACAAGCUUGAUGUGAGAGCCUUUGUAGGUGUUUUAGUUGUCGGCAAUGUAAAUCCUAAAAUUGGCAGAAUUGGACAAGGUGUGAUAUUACAUUGCCAAGUAAGAGGAUGCAAAUCUUCCAGAGUGCAAGUGCAAUUAUAUAAGUGGGAAGGCUCAAAAAAUCACACAUUGUACACCCACAACAGCACAAACCAGCACAGGGCUGAAGAAAAAAGCACAGGAGAGAGUGAUGAGAAUGGCAUUCACAAAGGAUACUAUAAGAAUGGGCUCCUUGAAGUGACUCUUCUUAAUGUGCAACUAGCAGACAGUGGCCAGUAUGUUUGUGCCACAACAUGUGAUGAUGUCUACAAAGAAGAUAUUGUGGAGGUGACAAUAGAAGAAGUGCCUGUCCAAAGUGCUGAAGUCUGGAUGUUCUGUGGCUUUGCUUUCCUAGCUUUCCUCUUCAUAGUAAGUUGGCAUUUUUAUAGAAAGCUAGAAGAAUUAAAGAAAGGCAAUGAACAGUUAAAGACAGAAAAUGAAAAACUAAAGGGAGAAAUGAAGGCAAAAACAGAACAAUAUGAAGCAGGAAAGGAACAAUUGGAGAUGGUUAAAGAAAUAUUAGCUGCCCACUUACACAAAGCUGAUGUGGUCUUGGACCCCAGGACAGCUCACCCAAAGCUAAAAGUGUCUGAAGAUGGCCAAAGUGUUUGGAACACAGGAACUGUUUCUCAGGUUUCUGACUGGGAGAAGCGAUUUGACUCCCGCACAUUCAUUCUGGCAAAAUGUGGAUUUUCAGAAGGCAAACAUUACUGGGAGGUGGAGAUUGAUCAGAAGAAAACCUGGGACUUGGGAGUUGCCUCUGCAACCGCUUCUAGAAAGGGGGAGAUCACCCUGUCUCCUGAGAAUGGCUACUGGGUCAUAGGAUGUGAUGAUGGGAAAGAUUAUUGGGCUCGGACAGAGCAAUGGACCCGCCUGAAAGUGAACGGAAAGCUUACAAAAUUAGGAAUAUUUCUAGAUAAAUCAGCUGGAAGCUUAUCUUUUUAUGAUGUCUGCAGACAUAGGAAAUUGCACACUUAUAAAACACUUGGUGUUGGGGACCUUUAUCCCUUCUUCUAUAUAGGCUCUGUAACUAAUCAGCCAUUGAAAAUUGUAUAAUAUUUGAAAGAAAAUGAGAUUGUGGGGGGGAAUGAAAACAAAUUCCACAGAUAGCUGAGAAUUAAUUAGCACAGGUCUUUAGUUUAACCAUGAUUUUUUCUUUCUUUCUCAUAUUGGUGUCAGAGAAUAAAAGACUCGGAAUA